UUGUCUCUCGAGCGCAGGCUAGCCGGAAACCAUCUCCCCUCCUCCUCCUCCUCCCCCCGUCUCACCAAGCCAGCCACGAUGGCCGCCGCCGCCAGGUCGAUGCUCCGCUCGUCCGCUUCUCUUCUCCGCGCUGCUCCGGCGAGGGCCUCUUCCUCUGCGGCGCGACCGUCCCUUCGCCGCGCGUUGGGAGCGCCCCCUCGCCUCCUCAGGUCGCCCGUCGAGGCGAGCUUCUGCGUGGAGUCGCUGCUGCCGCUUCACAGCGCCACCGCCGCGGCGCGGAUGACGUCUAUGCUCGCCGUGCCUGGCCGAGGCCUCGGGUGGCUCACGGAAGGGAAAGACGAAACUAGAUGAAGACCAACUUGGGAAAGCUGAAAUUGAUGGAGUAUGAUGCUGACCUGCCAACGGAGCCAGGAGAUUACUAGUCUUUCAGGAUGAGUUGACAAAGAAAGGAAGCAUGCUUUUCUUUUUCUGUAUGUGAACUACGAUGAAAUUUUUAAUAAAUGAUGUUUGAUAUUGCUUAAA